CCCCUGCUCGUUUCCUUACUCGGUGAACCAAACAGCCACCGUUGUUCGGGACCAAAGACCUUUAAGGGUUGGAGUCAUGUCGGCAGCUGCUCCAGGGACCAGCAAGGCGGGCCACAGCGAUGUGGGCCCGAAGAAGAAGAAAGGACCCGGUGCCCUAGCUACGGCCUACUUGGUCAUUUACAACGUUGUUAUGACAGCUGGGUGGCUGGUUAUAGCUGUGGGUCUGGUCCGAGCAUAUCUGGCAAGAGGAAGUUACCAUGGGCUGUAUUACUCCAUAGAGAAGCCCCUGAAGUUCUUUCAAACUGGAGCUAUUUUAGAGAUCCUGCACUGUGCUGUUGGAAUCGUACCAUCCUCCGUGGUCUUGACUGGAUUCCAGGUUAUGUCCCGGGUCUUCCUCACCUGGGCCGUCACUCACAGUGUUAGAGAGGUACAAAGUGAAGACAGUGUGCUGCUGUUUGUCACAGCCUGGACAAUCACAGAGAUCAUCCGCUACUCUUUCUACACUUUCAGCCUUCUCAAUCACUUACCAUACCUCAUCAAGUGGGCAAGGUACACCUUUUUCAUCGUGCUGUAUCCCAUGGGCGUGACGGGGGAACUGCUGACUAUCUAUGCAGCACUGCCAUAUGUGCAGAAGACCGGCUUGUACUCUGUCACCCUUCCCAACAAGUACAACUUCUCUUUUGACUACUACUCCUUCCUCAUCCUCGUCAUGAUCUCCUACAUUCCUCUCUUUCCCCAGCUUUACUUCCACAUGAUACGACAGAGGAAGAAGGUGCUGGGCCACGUAGAGGACUACAGCAAAGUGGAGUGAGCUCAGCACAACAACUUGAUUCAACCGCAAACCAAAACAUCCCACAAACGAGGAACAAAACAAUGUCUGCUUAUUAAAACACUACGCCCCACCAGUUGUCAGACUACCUGACCUGGCUGACGAUCCAAUUAUCAAGCAACAUUAACUUUUACAGUUGUUCACGUGGGUUGUACAGAAAUUCUGGAUGAGCUUUUUUUUUUAAAUUUAUGAACAAAUUGUGAUCGCUCUUGUUAAGUCAAGAAACUUGCAGCUCUAAAAAACAACAACUAAAAAAACUAGCUUGGAUACAGUUAGGUUUUUCCGUGUUGACCAGACCUCUGUCACAGCAAAUCUGAACCGAAUGAAACACUAAUAAAGCUGAUGAUGUUAGAUUAUACAGCACUAUAGAAAAGAAUAGAAAAAGUUCCUCGCCUCCCUGUGACUCGUCUUUUUAUCUCUUUUAAGAAGCAGGUUUGCUUUAGACUACUAUGAUAUAGAAAAUUAAUGUGAGGUCUAGCACUGAAAGUAGGUUUUCAUGUCUCGGUUGGUACAAACUGUGAUCCAUACUUCUGCUUUUUUUUGUUUCUUUAAUUUAUUCAACAGUUUGAUUACAUUCCACAUUUAAUUCAAUAAACAUUUUCCAUUCCAUACUUGCAUGCUCAGUUUCUUUCUCUUAGAUGUUGUUUAUUUGGUGUUUGCUUGGUUGUAGUUCUGACAUCUGUCUGCAUUGCUUUGCUAGUUAUUAUUUGUCAUGUUUAUUCUCUCCCAGCAAUGAUGGUGAGUUGUCGUUUCAUUGUCUCACAGUUUGUUCAGUUAGUUUACUCACAUGAGAUGAGCCACAUUUUAUUCUUCGCAACCCUCUAAGUGAGUCAACAUCCCUUUGAUCUUAAUGUUUUUUUAAUACGCUAAAUUUUUAAAAUUUUUUUAAGACCCCAAAGUUUUCAUCCCGUCUCAGCUUGAGUAAAGAAAAUGUGGGACUACUUAGCAAAAA